AUGAAGAUCGUUCAGUUCUCGACGAUAAUUCUGGCGACGAUAACACAUGAGGAAAAUUCAGAACUGCCGGACGGACUGGAAGACGGCUCGGAGGACUCUGAAACCGGUGCAACGGAUGAAGAUGAUUGGCAAGAAGAAACUGAUGUCAGUUCGGUGGAAAGCGACAGUGAUCAAGAACCGCCAAGACGUCGUCCGAAGCUCGAUCAGCGAUCAGAGUCGGAAUUAUUUUUGUCAAAAUCUGGUCGACGGUGGAGUACAUCCGAACCUCCGAAACGAAAAAUACCACAAGCAAAUAUUCUGCGACAGUUACAUGGUGUAGGACCCUCAGCAGCAAGGAUACAAACAGUGAAAGAUGCUUUUCAACUCUUAUUUACAGAAGAAAUGAUACCUAUCAUCGUCACAGAAACUAAUAGAAGAGCAAGGAAGGCUGCUGAAGCAUGA